AUGGUCAGUUACAAAGGCAGUUCUCAAAUGAGCCACGUUGUUCAAAUCCACGACCCUGUUCAUGUUCCUGACAAAGAAUGUCACGAUUUAGAAGAUCUCAAAGCCCUUUUCAGAUCACCGAAGAAUGCCGAUAUCAAUUUACGAAAAGCGAUUCUCCGUCAAUAUAUAAAUAUUUUGACCAGUAAUAGAAUACUUGUGAGUGUUCGAGUAGACAGUAAUAAUUCUCAUGGUGGUACUAAAACAGUCUGGAAGCCUCCCAGGAUUCCGCUGACCAAAGCUAAUUUCGUUCGAGGUGGUCCCGAAUUUAUUCAUUUUUUUAUCACUGAGGUGCUUCCAGGUGAACCAAAAAACACCACCGCUAUUCUGCCAUGCACAAGAAAAUCAUUCGAUGACCGAUUGUAUCAGUUUCCAACUAUUCCAAAUCAAUGUGGUGUGAAAUCCGGCUGGAAUCCGGAGAUGCGCUCACUUUCAGAAGAAGAUACUAUGCUUAUCCAAUACUGGAUGGAAUCAUAG